AUGGGCAGUGCAACGAAUGAGUUGCUCGUCUACAUGGUUUACACCGUUGAACGGGGGUUUCUUGAUGAGAACAACUAUGAGGACGCCGGGGAUGAGAACCCUGAUCCUGAGGAAUCAUCGAAAAUCGACAAACACAACACACGAGCCGCCCAGCAAAUACUGACCUUCCUAAACCUGCAAGAGGGUAAGCCAAAGAGAAAUGACAGGGAGAAAGGCCUAGCAAGCUCCAGAGAUGGAGUGGCUUGUGUCAUUUUGGGAACAAUCGACCCAGACGUGGCACAUAUAUUGCCAUUCGCGACCACACAAAGCCACGAAGCUGCAAUGCAGCUGAAGGCCUACUGGCACGCAACAGCUUUUAUCGUCAGCCGAGAUUUUCAUCUUUGGAAGUCUCGCCAUGUCAUCAAAGAUGGAUUUGAUAAAUCCUUUAACAUGAACUGUUUAGAAGCGCAAAUGCAUCGCUGGUGGGGGAAAGCCUACUGGGCUCUCCAGAGUCUGGGUCAGCCCACGGCAAUGACAGUCGACGGCGGCGACACCAAAUGGGUGGUCAGAAUGAAAUUCUAUUGGCUGCCUAAUUUGUACAACAGUUACAGAUAUCCAGAAACAGCCAAUCUUGAUGGUAGUGACAACACUUUCACGCGGUUGUGUAAUGACUUGAACCAAGCGUUUGCUCACGGGUUUCCUGCACGAACCCCAAGUGGCAAUGCCGUAAGAGACAAUGUUCGCGCGAAUCUUGCGACUGGCGAGUUGCUCUUGGGUGGGCAUUUAUUUUCUGUUGCUUUUGAUACGCAGCAGGAAGCGUUCAACUAUAACGACAUGAUUAAACUAGAAUGGGCAGUGUUGCGUAUCGAGAUGUUUCGCGCGGGAUGGUGA